UCUGCCGUCUGGUUCACCUGGAAAUGUUACACAGUGGUGUCAUUUAUUGAAAGACCGCUGAUUUUUUUUAGCCGUUAUUGCCCACGAGACCGACCUCUCUCAGCGAUGCACCGCAACUAUGGCUCUGGGCCCGGCUAUGGCCACCACGGCCACCAUGGCCAUCAGCCCCACCACCACGGCGGGCCCCACGGUGGUCCCCACGGCAUGGGAAUGAAUAUGGGAAAUAUGGGGAACAUGGGGAAUAUGGGCAUGGGGAUGGGUAUGCAGGGGAUGGGCAUGAUGGGCAUGGGCAUGGGUAACAUGCAAGGCAUGGGAGGCCACCAGGGAAUGAGCGGAGCCGCCAUGAACAGCUUCAUGAGCAAGUACCCGGCGGUGAGCAACUACACCAACGACAUGUCGCCCUCGGCCAAGGCGGCCCGCGUCUUCGUCGGCAACCUGAACACGUACACCAGGAAGGAGGACCGGAAGAACAUCAUGGAGCUCUUGAUGGAGACGUUCAUGAAAUACGGACGUAUCAGGGCCAUCUCCAUCCACAGCGGAUUUGGGUUUGUGCAGUUUGAAACGGCCGAACAAGCUAAGAAUGCCAUGAGAGGCGAACAGGGAAAACUCAUCAAGAGUCAACCGUUAGAUUUAUACUUGGCAAGUGAUCCUGACUUAAACAGACCAAGAGGCUUCAAAAAGGUUAACCAUGAUUGUGGUUAUGUAGCGUAUGUUGAUCCUUCCUCACUGCCCACCAUUCCAGCUAAAGGGGUGACAAUGAAGAAGAGGAAUAGACUAACCAAGAGUGGUGAUGAACCUGGAAGUUGGGUAUGUGUAUUCUGCCAGCAUGAAGCCAUCACCCCUUGGGAAUUGAUGAAGCAUGCCUCCGCCAUACAUCAAACGCAGAUCUACGACAUGGGUGGCAGUGUAGAACAACCCAAGACAUCAGAAGCGCAGCAAGAAGCCAUGCAAACGCAGUCUUCAUCUAUGAUGUAGGGUGGAAUGUCAGGUGACAAUGGAAAGUCAUGUGACUUUAAAAAAAGACUCUGAAAUGAGUGAAGUUGGAGAUGCGAUCAAUGCAAGGCUUAACAGCAAGCUGUUUAUCUCCAUGUGUCUUGGAUGGACUACUGCGAUGGAGUGCGAUGGAGGACUGACCUUGACUCUGUGGUAAGACCACAGUAUCGCAGACCCCCCGAUUCUUGGUGGUCAUUUUGUUGGAAGUGACCAAAGUAUUUGAAAAUUUCAAUGUAUUGCAGCUAGAGUUUGGGUGUUUGGACAUUUAACGCAAUGUGUAACCAGUUCCCCUAUAGUUGAUCUAUCUUUCUAUGUUGAUUUUCGUAACUUAGAUGUUUCCUAGAAAUGGUACUACGGACCUAAUAUGACAACAAACUUAAAUUUCAGUUUGCUUUUCAUUAAGGUCCAAAGAUACUCUCUGAGUGUUUGUGCUGCAGUCACAUUAACUAAACUGACUCCAGGGUCCCGUCUUACAAAUAGUUACAAUUGAUCCGAUCAACAUCAACGUCAUAAUUUUUUCAUCAGGAAA